CUGCCGCCGCCCACUCGGCCGCCGCGGGGCCCAUGGAGGGGCUGCCCGUGGAAGUGCGGGGCUCCAACGGGGCCUUCUACAAGGGUUUUGUUAAAGAUGUUCAUGAAGAUUCAGUCACGAUAUCCUUCGAGAACAACUGGCAGCCCGAAAGGCAGAUCCCCUUUGGCGAUGUGCGGCUGCCCCCACCAGUGGAGUACAGCAAAGAGAUUUCAGAAGGGGAUGAGGUGGAGGUUUAUUCCCGAGCCAAUGAGCACGAGCCGUGUGGCUGGUGGCUGGCCAGAGUCCGCAUGAUGAAAGGAGACUUUUACGUCAUAGAAUAUGCUGCUUGCGACGCCAUCUACAAUGAGAUCGUCACACUGGAGAGGCUGCGGCCAGUCAACCCCAGCAAAGUAGCCACGAAAGGCAGCUUUUUCAAAUUUACCAUCGCAGUACCAGAGGACCUCAAGGAAGCGUGCUCAAAUGAAAAUGUACAUAAAGAAUUCAAGAAGGCCGUGGGCGCAAACUGCAUCUUCCUCAGCUCCACCAGCAGUGAACUAGUCAUUCUUUCCACCAACGAAUCCACCGUCAAGAGGGCGUCUCUGCUGGGGGACAUGCACCUACGCAGCAUCCGGACCAAGCUGAUGCUGAUGUCACGGAACGAGGAAGCCAACAAACACUUGGAGACAAGCAAGCAGCUGGCCUCGGCGUUCCAGGAGGAGUUCACGGUGCGAGAGGAUCUGAUGGGCCUGGCCAUCGGCACCCACGGGGCCAACAUUCAGCAGGCCCGCAAAGUGCUGGGUGUCACUGCCAUCGAGUUGGACGAGGAGACCUGCACCUUCCGCAUCUAUGGGGAGACCCCAGAAGCCUGCAAACAGGCCAGGAGCUUCCUGGAGUUCUCCGAAGACUCUGUCCAAGUCCCCCGGAACCUUGUGGGGAAAGUGAUAGGCAAGAAUGGUAAAGUCAUCCAGGAGAUCGUGGACAAGUCGGGUGUUGUUCGGGUGCGGGUGGAAGGUGACAACGACAAGAAGAACCCCAGGGAGGAGGGGAUGGUCCCUUUCAUCUUUGUGGGGACGCGGGAGAACAUCAGCAACGCGCAGGCGCUCCUGGAGUACCAUCUCUCCUACCUCCAGGAGGUGGAGCAGCUGCGCCUGGAGCGCCUGCAGAUCGACGAACAGCUGCGCCAGAUUGGCCUGGGCUUCCGGCCCCUCUCCAGCCGGUCCGACAAGGAGCGGGGGGGCGGCUACACGACUGACGAGAGCACCUCCUCCUCGCUGCACGGCACGCGGACCUACGGGGGCAGCUAUGGUGGGCGCGGCCGUGGGCGCAGAGGACCCAACUCUGGCUACGCUACCAACUCGGAUGUGUCCAAUGCCUCAGAGACUGAGUCGGAAAAGAGAGAGGACUAUGAGUUUCCACAGCCUGGCGACCGUGACCCUCGUCCCGAGGACAGCCGGAGACGAGCAGGGGUGGGACGGGGACGAGGUCCUGCUCCAGUCCCCCGCGGGAGCAGCAGCAAGUAUGCCAACUCCUCCAUCAGCUCAGUCUUGAAAGAUCCUGACAGCAACCCCUACAGCCUGCUGGACAACACCGAAACAGACCAGACGGCGGACACCGAUGCCAGCGAGUCGCAGCCCGUCAGCAACCGCCGGCGCCGGUCCCGCCGGCGCCGUACCGAUGAAGAUGCCACGAUGAUGGACGGGGCCCUGGAGUCAGACAGCGUGUCCGUCAGCGAAAACGGUGUGGAGGAAGAAUCUAAGCCCCAAAGACGCAACCGAAGCAGACGCCGGCGUAACCGUGGCAACCGUGUGGAUGGCUCCAUCAGCCGGGACCGCCAACCCGUCACUGUAGCAGAUUACAUUUCCCGAGCAGAGUCUCAGAGCCGUCAGCAGCCGCUGCGCAAAGAAAGUCGGGAGAAAUCGGAAGAGGGAGCCACGCCCAAGCAGAAGGGCGAGGCCAGCAGCAAGGUUGUCAACGGCCCUUCGGCAAAUGGGGAGCAUGCUGCUGCUGCUGCCGCCGACCAUGAGGAGGGGGCUGCCCUGGUGAACGGGGUGUCCUAA